UUAUUUUUAAAAAGUAAACUCUCGAAUAAUUAAAUAAAAAAUUAUUUAAUUAAAACUUGUAAUAGCAAACAGCAAUCAUAAAAUUUAACUGUUAUAUUACGUAGAGCAAAAUAGUUGGUAAAAUUCUGCCUGGCAAUAGACAAAAUAGAAUCGUCUUCACUAACACAGCAUAAUAUAUAUUUUGUGUUAUAUGUUAUUUCAAAUUAUUUUUUAUAUUUGUGAAUUCUGUGCGCUAUUAUGUAAUAUCACUUCUUUUUCCACUUCUCAUAUCUAUCAAAACUCUAAUAAAAGAGUGUGAAACGAAAUAUUGUCUGCGAAAUUAGAAUUAGGCAGCAUAUUCCCUGAUUUUAGCCAAUGAAAAAAAUAAAGAAUAAAUGUCAAAACUUAAACUUCAAAUCUUUCAAGUCGAUCAUACUUCAUUUCAAUUAAAUAGUGUCAAACUUUGGUGUCAAAUAUUAUUGGAUGAGGUUAUGUUAUUAUUUAUUUGACCCUUGUAAGUUAAGUGAAUACCUAAAUUUCUGCAAAACACAAUGGUUACAUGCCCAGACAUUCGCUCUAAAUUAGAAAACUUUACACCAAUUGUGACCUCAGCAAUGAGUGAAGUGUCGGAACUUGAUAUUGGUUGUAAGACUUUGCUUUUCAAUUAUAUUGAAAAGCGAUCUGUCAAUCCGUCUGAUAUUAUAAGUAUACAAGCCGUUAUUGACUACAUGCACGAGAAAAUUAACAUUGGAAAUUGGAAAGAAGUUAGAAUAUUUUUAAGGAAAACAAUAACCAUUGCCUCAUUUUUCAAACUCACUUGUUAUUUAGAAAAUUGUAGUGAAUUGUCUGAACGUGUGUUUAGAGAAUGCUUUAAAAUUAUAGAUUUCGGUAUAUUAUUCGGAUGCCCAAUUGAUAAAGAACCAACCUUAUUACAAAAAUGUGCAGAGAUAAUUAAUACUUUAUGUCCAUCACUUGACAAUAGUCUUAUUGAAGCUCCGAAUAUAGAGCAAAGUACAGUGAGAGAAAACAAUAAUAGCAACACUACUCCUAUUCCGGUCAUUGACUGUCCAAGCAUGGAACUAUUUUAUAAAAACUAUAUAUUAAAAGAAGAACCAGUCAUUUUAGAUAAUUGUAUGAAGCACUGGCCAGCAUUAUCAAAAUGGAAAGACCAGAACUACUUCAUGAAACUUGCAGGAAUGAGGACAGUUUCCAUUGAAAUAGGUAACAAAUACACAGACUCAGAUUGGACACAAAAAUUAAUGACGAUUGGUGAUUUUAUUAAAAAUCAUAUAUGUCAUGAAAAUGGGCCAACCGGCUACUUAGCUCAGUAUCAACUAUUUGAUCAUAUCCCAGAGUUAAAGAAGGAUAUAGUGGUUCCUGAAUAUUGUUGCUUUUCAGACAGUGAGGAUCCUGUAGACAUCAUGGCUUGGUAUGGACCGAAAGGAACCAUAUCUCCAAUACACCAUGAUCCAAAGAAAAAUUUACUGUCACAGGUAAUAGGGGAAAAACAGUUAUUUUUAUUUUCUCCUCAAGAUUCUGAGUAUCUGUAUCCACAUGACCAUCAAUUGCUGAAUAACACAGCAAGAAUAGACCCAAGACAGCCUGACUUGGACAUCUACCCCAAAUAUAAGCAUGCCAAGCCAUAUUAUUGUGUAUUGAAACCUGGACAAAUGUUGUACAUACCCCCAAAGUGGUGGCACUUUGUUGAAUCUUUAUCAUUAAGUUUUUCAGUUAGUUUUUGGUGGGAAUAAAUUUAUUACAAUAAGACAUGGAUUAAAUUGUUUAAACUUUGAGAUUAAACAGUAAAGCUGUGUAAAGAUACUUAUUUAA